AUGCGUAAGCGGUUACUGUCAAGGAGGCAGAGUCGGUGUUGCGCCCGACGCUAUGCUGCUUACCUGGUAGCGCUGGCCCUUGUCCUGGUGUUCGGAGCUUUCCAACAGAUCGAGACUGCUGUUGCACGUGCGACUGCACACCGCAAUGGGACCAGUUUGCGCACGUCUAGUGAGCGCGAACCCGUGCAAACGAAACCUACUCUCGAUCCGCACACAAUGAGCUCUUUGGUGCCGGGCGUGUUUGCGGGCUACCGUCGGCCAGUGCCGCAUAGCCCCGUCCUGGGGAUUAUGUGGUACCCCGCUGAUGAGCCGUUCGAGUCCGUUCGACUCCGACUAGAGUGCGGGACAGAGCUCGACGCAGCUGGGCCACUUCGCUACGGUUGGCUGCAGCAUAACGGCCGCAACUAUGGCGUACGCCACAUCGAAGAGCGAGGCUGGCACUUGAACAUCACCCACGUGGCGCACACGGAGAACCUGAACUUGCUCCAGCCAGACGCGCAGCUCAGCUCUGAACAACAGCCACUGCGUUCUCCAGAAUUCUCUGUUCGUAUCCAAGGAACUGGUCAAGAGCGUCGUACCGUUUCCUUCAUCGUCUACUGGACAGCGCAACAUGAUGAGAUCGACCCAGAGCGCUUGCAGGAGUCCGCGGCUAGGGGCAUGGAGCCGCCGACCCUGCAGCACUGUUCAUCGCCAUCGAUCACCGUAGCGUCCAGUAAUGAAGUCCACCUGGAGUGUGGACCCGACCACGACCAUCGAUGGCGCAUUGUGGCCGUACAGGGCCUUCCAGAGCGUUCCCAGUGGAGGCAGCGACGACACCGCCGCCGACGUCAACGGGCAAGCGCUAGUCGCCCCGUGAGCGCCGAGAUCCUCCGAGAAUUACCGGACCCUGGCAGGAUCUACUACCGAAAAGGCCGAGUGAAUGUUGGCGCGACAACUGAGGUGAAGUCCAUGGUAGAGUCGUGGUUACGCGAGAGCUACGACCACCAGCGGACACGGCUGCGCGAGUUCUACGAAAAGCACGAGCAGCUUCCAGAUACGGCUUUCAGGGGCGCCGAUGUUUUCAAGGACGCUGCCCAUGCAAGGGAGACGCCCACUGCAGCGCCCUUCCCGAUCAUUACGCGUAUCGAGGAUGUUGAUGCACGGGCGCGUCGAGAAGUGAACGCUGACGCAGAGCUGGAACCCGAUGCCCAGCACCACAGCGGGAUAGAUGACGGACUCCCCAGCAACCUUCUUGUCGUUCAGAUUACAGUGCAGACGCCUUUUGAUAUCAUGAUCACGUCGAGUGCACGAAUGGAUGCAUCGGCGCUGUCCGUGUUGCUUGAACAGGCGGACAGUCGCUUUCGCGAAAGAUUUCAGCAGUUGUUUCCCCGGAUGCACCGUGGUGACUUUGGCAGCGCUCAGAUUGCUCAAGCGAGGGCGGCGCUUGCCGGUCUACUCGGCGGUGUCUCCUAUUUCUAUGGGAGUUUCAUUGCUGGAGAGAAUACGCAGGACCGAGGAUCAGAUCAACUCCGAGUCUCGCCGCCUAGGGCACUAGUCAGUGCGGUGCCGUCGGAGAACAAGUUCCCGCGCGGCUUUCUCUGGGACGAGGGCUUUCAUCAGCUACUGAUCCAGCGCUGGGACCCGGAACUCUCGCUCAUCUGUCUCGAUUCCUGGCUGGGCUUCAUGCAGCCUUCUGGAUGGAUACCGCGCGAGCUGGCCCUAGGUAUUGAGGCCCGCAAUCGUUUCCCGCGCGAACUGGCAUCGCUGCUUGUUCAAUCGGAGAAGGUUGCGAAUCCACCGACGCUAAUGCUGCCGUUGUAUCGGCACUGGCAGUUGCUGCAGGACACUUUCCCCGUCUUGGAACUGGAAACCUUUUCUAGCUUGUGUUCCCAGGGUGGUGAUGGCUCCUUGUCGGACUAUGCGGCGAUGGUGCUGAAUCAGUCUGUGGGCGACUGCAAGGCGGUAGCACAGACGACGAACACCGCGCGACUCGUCUCGCAUUUGGGAUUCCGCAAGAUGAAACAAUACAUACGUUGGCUGAAUGCGACGCAAAAGAAUCACGGCUGGUUUGGACGCCACUUGACGACCUUGCUUGCUCAAGACGGAGGUUAUCCGUUGACGCUUGCGUCCGGCUUUGACGACUUUCCGCGAUCGACAGAUCCAAGCCCAUACGACGCCCAUGUGGAUCUCUUGUCGUGGAUACUGGACGGUGUUCGCAGACUCCUGGUUUGGCGACGUACCGCAGGCGAUCUUGCUGAGGCCUCUGCCGUGUCGCCUCCUGAACUCGGUGCCCUUGAGGCCGUCCUGCAACAGCGCCUCUACGAGGUGCACUGGAAUGCUGACGCUGGCAUGUUUUGUGACGCUGGACCUCGCGGCAACUCCUCCACGAGUAUCGUGGACACUUGGCGUCACCACUGCCAUCUAGGAUAUCCAACGCUUCUGCCACUUUCCUUGGGCCUGUUGCCGGUCAAUGCAACAUCGACAGGGGCACUCUUGAAGGCUGUCGCGGAUCCGCGACAAAUGUACAGCGACUUUGGGUUGCGCUCGCUGAGUGCCGCGGACCCUUUCUAUAUGCGAGGUGAUCGGUACUGGACAGGUCCUAUCUGGGUCCCGAUGAACUAUCUGAUACUCGCAGCGCUUAGGGAGAAGUAUGCGCGCAUGCCAGGUCCGUACCAGAAGCUUGCGCAACAGCUCUACGAACGUACGCGCAAUGCGAUGAUACAAACGAUUUUGCGGGAACACCAGCGCACAGGCUUUUUCUGGGAGCAUUACGACCCAGAGACGGGCAAGGGUGGCGGCGGGCAUGCGUUUACGGGCUGGACUUCGCUACUGGUCCUGCUCAUGGAAGAGGAUUUUCGUGGAGUCAUCGUUAUUGACGAGACUGGUACGGUGCUUAAGAGUUAA